CGCACCAGUAGCGUUUGCUGAACUCGUGCAGCUGAGCGUCGCUCAACAACUACAACAAUGAGCGCGAGCUGAGCGCGUUCGGCUCGUUUGAAUUGAAGUUUACUUCAGUGGAGCUGCCCGUAAUAUUCACUACAUGUGUUCUUUGGAGGUUUCCAGAGCACUGUGUUAAAUGGAGCUAGAGGACCAAUGGUGGAAAGGACAACUUGCUGCAGAUAUAUACCAGGCUCUGCGAUACAAAGAGCUCAAGUUGCCUUCCUACAAAGGCCAGUCCCCUCAGCUCAACUUGAGAAGAUACUUUGCAGACCUCAUAGCCAUCGUCAGCAACCGCUUCAGGCUGUGCCCUGCAGCCAGACACCUGGCCGUCUACCUGCUGGACCUCUUCAUGGACCGCUAUGACGUCACGGUGCAGCAGCUUCAUAUGGUCUCGCUCUCGUGUCUCCUGUUGGCCAGUAAAUUUGAGGAGAGGGAAGACCGCGUGCCAAAGCUGGAAACCCUGAACAGCCUGGGCUGCAUGAGCUCCAUGAACCUGGUCCUGACCAAGCAGGGUCUGCUGCACAUGGAGCUCCUCCUGUUGGAAACGUUCCAGUGGAACCUUUACCUCCCCACAGCCGCUCACUUCAUAGAAUACUACCUGUCCGUUGCCGUCCAUGAGGGAGAUCUGCACGAUGGCUGGCCUGUGACGUGCCUGGAGAAGACUAAACUAUACAUGGCCAAGUAUGCUGAUUAUUUCCUGGAGGUUUCUCUACAAGAUCAUGUGUUUUUGUGUUUUGCCCCUUCACUUGUGGCCGCCGCCUGCGUGGCCGCCUCGCGCCUCAUCCUCCACCUGUCCCCUACGUGGCCACCCCGACUGCAGCGCCUCGCGGGCUACACGUGGGAGAACCUGGUCUCGUGCGCGGAGAAACUUCUCAUUGCACAUGACAGUGAUGUCAAAGAGGCCAACAAGCAAAAGUGCCAGCAGCCCGGACAGCAGCAGCAGCAGCAGAGUCAGACAGUGUACCACAGUUCAGGCCAGACAGCCACUGUGGCGCAGUACCUGCACCGACCCGGCUUGCAGUAUCCCCAGCAGGCUCCGCAGCCGGGCCUGGCCCCCAACCACAGGCCUGCCUCCUACCUCAGCCACUCCACCGGCGGCCUGCAGGGGCCCAACGGCCCCCUGCACGGCAACACCCAAGCCAUCACCGCCUCACUGGAUCCAAAGUCCAGCAUUCCGAACAGGGCCUACCAAGUCAGCAUGCAUUACCCCUGCGCUGCCCCGUGCUUUGAAAGAUGAUGGAGAUUUUUUUUUUUGUUUUUUGUGGAGGAAGAGAUGAGAUGCGGCGAUCCGUUUCUCUCGAAACCGAACAGAAUUCACUGAAGGAAAAACUGUUUUUAAUUUGAAAAGACUUGACGAGACUGGUGCAGCACUUUGAACCAUAAGGUGUACGCAGUGUGCAAUAUAGCCUACCCUGCUGUGAUUUUCUGUGUAGAGCCUGUGCGAGGGUUUUUUUUUUUUUUUUUCUGUCCGAGAUAUGAGGUAUGAAUGUUGUAGAGAGUUGAUUAGAGGUACAGAUGAAGAUGCACCUGCGUCUGCUAGUGUUACUGUAUAAUUUAGCUACAGACGAAAGUAUUUAUUUAAGCCAAAGCAUAUCAUAGGUAUUAAAUACACACAUGCCUUGUGCCUAUGGUCACUGUAAGCAUUACUAUGCUCAGAGUUAACGGACGGUAACAAAUGAGGAUUUACGUGGGUUUAUGGUUGAGUUGGAAAUUUCUGUAGGUGUCUUUUUUUCUUCCGAAGAGUUUGAAGAAAUGUUAAAAAAAAAAAAAAAAAAAAAGGGGGAAGAAUACACAAUGCUCUUCUGAUUUCAGUCAGUGCUGUCCAGUUCUGCAAUGACGCUUUUAAAUAAAAUACCCUUUAAACAGUG